UAUUUAUUACACAAUAUUUUCAAAAAUUGUUUUGUUUCCUUUUCUAAAAAAGAUAUGUUAUUUAUUUAUCGAAUGUAUCGAAGUCAUCUCGAAAGUCUCGAAGAGUUGUUGCCUUUAAUCCGCGAUGCUGAUUGGUUCUUUCGCUGAUCAUUGAGCCGCAUGCUUCGUAGUGUUUGACAGUUGUGUUUGACAGUUGUGUUUUCAAAUCAAAAUUGGUUAUAUCAAAAGUGUGUAAGUAAUAAGGUAAGUAAUAAAGAGAUAUAUUAAGUAAUAAUAUAAUCUCUCUCUCUCGGAAAUAACAAUAAUAUCUUUAAAAUUUUAUAAUCUUUUAGAAAAAAAGAAGGAAAGGAAAUAGAUUGGUAGGAGAAAGAGAGAGUUUCGACUUUUGUAGAAAGAAGAAGCAGAAAAGAAAACAGAAGGUGAAACAGCGACUUCUAUAGAAAGGAGCGGAAAAAGAGAGAGAGAGAAAGAGAGUGUAAGAAAGAAGAAAAAGAAAAGUGUUAGAGCAUUAACAAGCCAAUCCAUAUAAAUUUUUACGUAAAAAAAAAGAAAAAUGUCUAGUAUGCAUACAAAAAGAUAUGCAGUGGUCAAAUUUUUAUCGGAUUCAACAUUCUCAGAAGUCCCAACAAAUUGGAUUACAAAACAUAAUGAUGUUUACCGUUGCUGGUGGCCACCACGAUCAUCAAACAAUGCAACAUUAAUUGCAAAUUGUGCAAAACUAAAGCAUGAUUUGUGGAACAAUUUUGAAAUAGAAGUUAUAAAGUAUUGCAACUCUCUUAAAUCUGCGCGAAGAAGUGCAGCAGAUUCGAAUUAUAGUACAGCAGAUAAGGAACGAUUGGUUCGAGGAAAAAGACCAUAUGUUCCUUAUCAGCCCUAUAGUUCUGACGAUGAACUUGAAAAUAUAAACAUUAAAAAAUCAAGAAAAACCGAACUCAAACAAAAGAUCUUUUACCCAUGCUACUAUGUCCUGACAAUUUGGGAUUUUAUAAAAGUACAGAAGACGUACGAAAUGAUAGACAGUAAAAGUAGCACAAGUAAAGACUAGCACAAGUAAAAAGAGUACAAGUCCACUACAUUAUUCUGCUUCUUAGUCAACUCGUCGUGCACAUCAAAACUACAAUUUUCAAGAAAAGAGAUAAAACGUAUAAUGGCAAUAUUUAAUAUAACAUAUUAAAAAAUAAUACUGAACAAUUAAAAAAACCCGAGGAUGCAAUCAGAAGCAAUGUAUUACAACAAUCGAUGGAAAACGAUAAUAGCUUUAUUGAGCAAUUUUUUCCUCUCAAGACAAUAGAAGAUAUUUAAAAAAUUGAAGAUAUUUUAAAGACUAAUGAAAAAGCGUUGACGCAAUUUAAAAAAUUUGUAUCGAAAAUUGAUGGAAACAAUCCGAGAGAUAAUAUCCAACGAAUUAUAAAAAACACUUUUACAAAUAAAUGUGCUAUAAGUUGUUCCUGGAAAGGAAGAAAAGACAAUUUUUGAAUCUGUGAUUUAAAAUUAAUAAAAAUAAUAAAAGGAGAAGUUACUUCACGUCACGUAACAUUCACACAGGCAGAAUUAGAAAACGUUAUGGCAGAAUGUAAGUUUACGUUUCGCAAAACAACGACAACAAAGAGAUAACAAGGAAAAUAUACCUGAAGAUAUGUAGACUGAUAUAAAGAAAAUGUACCUGAAGAUAUUUAGACUGAUACAAGGAAAAUGUACCUGAAGAUGUGAUACAAGGAAAAUCACUUACAAUUUCCAGGAAGUCAAGUUCCUAAAUUAAUUUUACAUAAAACAACAAAAUUGCAUUUAAAAAAGUAUUUUUGUUUUAUGUAAAAUUAAUUUAAGUGCGCCUGCGCGAUACGGCGCUAGCGAUAGCGGCCUAAGGCCUCAAGCGGUUGGUUUGAGGAACGCAUGUGCUGCCACCGGGAGACCCCCCGGCGGCAGGAAGUAGCAGUAAGAGUUGAGGGAGUGAGGGGAACGAACGUGCGUGAAGCGGAAGGAAGAGAGUUAGGGAUACGAAUUCCAUGCACAAGCGUUGAUCGUGUUCGUCACGUUGUUAAGAGUGUUCGGAAAUAUAUAUAUUGGUGCCAAAGAAGUGCGGUGACUAUAUUAUUCUUUUCCCUGCCAGAAUCCUGUCCUCAGCUUUUCACGCCCUUUAUCUUACGUUUACUCUCGUCAUAAUAACCAGGCGAGAUUAAUUCUUCCCUAAGCUAUUCCCAGUGUGAGAGGAAAUCCUCUUACAGCCAUAUCAGAAGUGGGAUCCAACUCAUCGUUACGCGAGUUCCUCGUUCACCGGCAGUGUCGCGUGGCGUUCCCGCCUUGCGGUGUCCGCCAUUAUCGUUACGCGAGUUCCUCGUUCACCGGCAGUGUCGCGUGGCGUUCCCGCCUUGCGGUGUCCGCCAUCAUCGUUACGCGAACGCACGUGGAAGUUACUGCAAUGGAUCGGCAGCAUCUAGAGUCUCUCUCGCUCAAAGAGCUUAGAGAGGAAGCACGUCGCUACGGCGUUACUUCGGUGCCUAAUUCGCGCGUGGGGUGUGUUGACGCGAUAUUACUACAUCUAGAAAACAACGGACUUGUAGCCAGCACGAGCGUCACCCAGGGUGGCAGCGCGGCCCUUCCCGCCUUUUCCGGCUUGGGCUCCCCAGGAGACGGCGUCGCGGGAGCGAGCUCAACAGAUACCGGCCUCCCCUCCGCUUCAGCAAACGCAGUGAAUAGCGUGCCGACCGAAUUAACGCAGCUUUGUGGUAUGCUUGCGCAAUUGCUCUCCCGCCUAAAUGGAGAUGGCGCCGCAGCACAAGUGCUGCUCUCACCUGCAGGGACAGUUACAGGGCCCGCGCAGUUGAAUAGAAUGAACACAGAUAUUCCACCGCAUCGCUCUCGAACCCCGGGCGUCACGUCGAUGUCUACGGUGUCGCCGGCUCAGGCGGUCAAGCUGCUCGCCAGUCAACUACCGGAUUUUACCGGUUCGGAGGACAGUGAUGUGCAAUUGUGGAUCGAGAAAGUUGAAUGCGUGUCACGCAUCCACGCAGUUUCGGAAGAUGUCACUCUUCUAGCGGCUACAAGUAAACUAUCGAAAGUAGCGCGAAAGUGGUUCGACCUGAGUACGGGCGCUAUAAACGUGUCGUGGCCUGUGUUCAAAGACGCAUUGUCAAGACGCUUUAAGAGAGCGGUUUCUUUCCAGUCAGUCAUGAAGAAGUUAGAAGCUCGCCGCUGGAACCAUAUGAAAAAAUCGUUUCAAGACUAUGCGAUGGAGAAGCUGGCGUUGAUGCAAAGACUUAGACUUCCAGACAGAGAUGCAAUCUCUUAUAUUAUUGCUGGCAUAAGCAGCAAUUCUCUCCGAGGCACGGCCGUUGCGUUACAUGCUGAGUCCGUUGACCAAUUUCUCGAGGAGAUGCAUGAUAUCACUCAGGCUUUCAACGACUCAAACAAAAGAAGCCCACCACCACGUCACAAGUUUUCCACUAGGAAUGGAGUAACCGGCUCAGCUGCUACGGAGGGUCAGAGUCAACCGCAAUCAAGGAAGGACGAUUUCUGCGUGUACUGUAAAAUUAAAGGACACGUUAAGGCAAACUGCUUUAAGCUGAAGAGAAAGGAGCAAGGGUCUCAACCCGCUGCAACGGGCUUAUCGUCAUCUGUGGCAGCAGUAGAGGAGAAGCCAUCGGAGACAGAUUCUACAGUGGCCCUGGUCAACGCAGUAGACAACAGAACGAUAGAUACAAACGACUCUACGGUUAAGGUUGUAAGCAUAAACGGAAUUUGUUGUAAUUUAUUUGGUCUCUUGGACACGGGCAGCCCCAUUUCUCUCAUUAAAGCAUCAGUCUUUCAGAGUUACUUUGCCGACUCGGGCACGGAAAUAGUAACCGCCAAUCAUUCAUAUAAGGCCAUAAACGAUACACCGAUUCCCAUAUCGGGUACUAUUUUAGCGGACAUUGUUGUAGAGCCUAUUCCAGAACUUUACGCGAAAAUUCGAUUCCAUAUAUUCACUUCCGACGCGAUAACAGCUGAUAUGAUUAUUGGACGCGAUUUUCUGAAUGAGCACUGCAUUAAAUUAUUGUAUGAUCCAGAGGUAAAACCAAAUAAGCUUAAGCUUUUAUCUUUAGUAGUAUCGCCGAACAUUAUGGAGGCGGUAGCAAAUGUCUCAAUCUCUCCUUUGGAGGAUGCGGAAACGGACUUCGGUAAUCAAUACAAGCACCAAUUAAUAGCCGUGUUCAAGGAAGUAGAGGAUGCGGAGGUUGACCCGGUCCAGGAUGAUCAUUGCGUAAAGGUAUUCUUGAAGGACGAAUCGGUUUAUGCAUUUGCGCCGCGUAGGUUUGCGUGGGGUGAGCGUCUGCAAAUACGCGAAAUCAUUGAUGACUUUCUCACGCGAGGUAUAAUAAAGAAUAGCACCUCACCUUAUUGUGCGAGAGUCGUUCCGGUUCGAAAAAAAAAACGGGUCCCUGCGACUUUGCGUAGAUCUUCGCCCGCUUAACGAUAGGGUGCAAAAACAGAAAUACCCGUUCCCGCUUAUUGAAGACUGCUUGGCGCGUCUGAGCAACAAGAGAGUUUUUUCACUUCUCGAUUUACGGGAUGGGUUCUAUCACAUCAAAAUCCAUCCUGAGCAUACUCACUUUUUCUCAUUCGCCACGCCCGAUGGGCAAUAUGAGUUCACACGUUUACCCUUUGGUUACUGCGAGGCGCCCGCUGAAUUUCAGCGUAGGCUAGUCCAGGUGCUUCAGCCCCUGAUAAAAAAUGAUAAGGUCAUCGUGUACAUGGAUGACAUUUUGGUGGCAUCCUCAACAGUAGAGGAAAAUUUGCAAGCGCUCAAAGAAGUCCUAUUGUUGCUCAAACGGUAUGCUUUUAACCUUAACCUUAAGAAAAGUAUGUUCUUGCGCAGCACGGUAGAAUACUUAGGGUAUAUCAUCUCCGCGGACGGCAUUACGCUUAGCGAUAGACACGUGCAGGCAGUGCGAAAUUUUCCGCAACCAAGGAACGUAGUCGAAAUUCAGCGAUACUUGGGGCUAACAAAUUACUUUAGAAAGUUCAAAGGUUACGCCGAGAAGGCUAAGCCGCUUCACAAUAUGCUUAGAAAGAAUGUUAGCUUUUGUUUUAAUGAAGACUGUCGAAAAGCGUUCGAAUCACUCAAAUUGGAGUUAACUUCUCGUCCAGUGUUGAGUUUAUAUAACCCUAACCUUGAUACAGAACUACACACGGACGCUAGUGCCACAGCUUUAGCUGCAAUUUUGCUUCAAAAAUAGGCAUCCGGUUUGUGGUCACCAGUGGCUUAUUACAGUCAAGUAACAAAUAAGUCCGAAGCCAAUUACCACAGCUUCGAGCUCGAGAUGCUGGCGGUGGUAAAAGCGGUGGAAAGAUUCCACAUAUACCUGUAUGGAAUAAAUUUUACGGUGAUUACAGAUUGUCAUGCACUAGUGUACGCAAUCAAUAAAGCUCAUUUAAACCCCAGAAUAGCUCGAUGGACACUACGGCUCCAGAAUUAUGAAUUUAAAGUGUCACAUCGCGCUGGACGCAAAAUGGCUUAUGUAGAUGCGCUCAGUCGCAUAGUAGCGCUAAUAAAAGCUCUACCGUUAGAGCGGGAGCUAGAGAUUCGUCAGCUUAGGGAUGCACGUUUGGAGUCUAUUGCAAAAGAAUUAGAGUUUAACGAUAACGAAAAGUUCGAACUCAUCGACGGGUUGGUUUUUAGAAAAGGCCCAGACAAGCCUCGAUUCGUGCUUCCCGAAGCUAUGAUUAAUCAAGUGAUACGCAUCUAUCACGAUAAUAUGGGUCACGUAGGCGUCGAGAAAACUGUGCAAGGCAUCAGCGCAAAUUAUUGGUACCCAUCGUUGCGGAAGAAAACACAAGAGUAUAUUAAUGAUUGUUUAAUCUGUCUUAUGGCUAAUUACGGAACUAACUCACGAGAGGGCGAGAUGCAGGUAACCGAAACUCCAACAAUUCCAUUCCAAGUUUUGCAUACGGACCAUUUUGGCCCCAUCAUCGAAGCAAAAAAGGGGUUUAAGUAUAUCCUACUCGUGAUUGACUCAUUUACGAGGUUUACCUGGUUGUAUGCCGUUAAGUCUACAAGUUCUAAAGAAACAAUCAAACAUCUUACAGAACUAUUUAAAUUGUUCGGAGACUCUGUAGAGAUAGUUUCAGACCGUGGUACCGCUUUUACCUCUCGAGAGUUCGCCGAAUUUCUUAAGGAAAAAAACAUUCAGCAUCGACAAAUUGCGGUCGCAGCUCCUUGGGCGAAUGGCUUGGUUGAGAGGGUGAAUAGAUUCUUAAAAUCAACCCUCAGGAAAUUGGUAGAUGAUCAGCACUCGUGGGUGUCGGUGCUGGAUACAGUUCAGUACAUAAUAAACAAUUCGUUUCAUUCCUCAGUCAGAUCAUCCCCCUCGAAGCUCUUGUUAAGAUUUGACCAAAGGCGCCACGCGGAUGCGCUAUUGGUAAAAUCGUUGGAGCAAAUCGCCAGAGUCAAACUGUAUACAGAUGAAAGUCGUCAGAAGGAACGGAAUGCUGCAAUUGAAGCUACUCA